AAUCCAAAGCUAAAUGCACAUAUUCAGAAAAAAAUAAAGCAGUAUGCGAUGAUAAUGAACUGAAUAAUGCACUAAUAGAUGAAGAGUUAAAUGAUAGUAUUUGGGUAGAUAAGAAAAUUGAUGACAAAGCUGCUAAUUACUUUAAAAUUUUAUUAUCAAAUAUUAAGGUGAAAAAUGCUAAGUUAAAAAAAGCUAUGCAAAACACUCAACCUAUUACUUUUUACUUAUCUUCUGUAUCAGCUUAUUCAGUAGCACCUAACGUUAAUAAGAAUGUGGUUAAUAAGAAUGUGGUUAAUGAGAAUAUGAUUAAUGAAAAUGUGGUUAAUGAAAAGGCAUGUAUUAAACUAGCAAUUAAAGAGUUAAACAAUAUGUUAGAAAAGGAUAAUGGACAUAUAGAUAAUAGAAUUAAG